AGUGUGGCAGCAAGCAGGCAGACAGGCAGACCAGAACAGGACACACAGAGACCAUAUGCAUAAUUAAACAUGAACCAUAAGUUCAACACAGUCAAGACACUGCAACAAACAUAUUAAAUUCACAAUGUAUUUCUAGGAGAUAAACGAAUUGUGUAACACUAACUUUAACAUCUAAAAAAAAAAAAACAUUAAAAUGCUUUAAUUUCAGGAAGGUGAAAACACAGAGACAGGAUGUGGGCUAAGGAAACAGGCUGAGUUGCCAACAUUGUCUCACUCACUCAUAAAAGGCAAACAAGAGAGCAAAAUAACAGCAUUCAGUUCCUGAUCCGUGGAAAAGAAAAUCUGCUCCAAACUGGACCAUCUGAAGUUCUGGGAAAGAUGUUUUCCAAUUUAGUUUUGUUGGUGUUUUCCUUCACAACUUUCCUCUGUUGUGUGAGAAGCUGUGAUCACAACUGUCUAGAUAAACCUGUAUUAACUCCAUCUACACUGGUGGUAAAGUUCGGCGAUCCAACCUCUGCCACAUGUGUAGUUUGCCAGCAGGCCUGUCUUCCCCUCAGUGAAAGUAUUAUUGCUAUGGAAGCAUCUGUGGGAAAAACUGCAAAAGAUGGAACCACACUCACCUGGAGAGUGGACCGUCUCACAGAGUGGAAUUUAACUCCAAAGUGCUUUUAUACUACCGUGGAUAGUCAUCAGUGUUGCACCCAUCUGUCUGUUAUUGUCUACCAACCCCCAGAAAAUGUUUCGAUCAGCUUAAACCACACUGGACCUCUGACUGAGCACACAGAGUACACCCUGCAGUGUUCUGUACUGAACGUAGCUCCUGCUAGAAACCUCGUUGUGUCCUUUUACAGAGGACAGACAAAACUGGGUCACGAGAGAGCCACCAGUACCUCAAGGGAACCAGUGAAUGAGAGAUUUCUAUUAAGUUUCAGUGCCAGCCGAGAAGAUAAUGGAGCCCAGUUUUGGUGUGAAGCCAAGCUGGAACUAGGAGAUGAUGGACCACAGCCCCCUAUAAAUGUCAAAUCCACAGAACUCAGUGUUAUAGUUCACUUUGAGCACAAAGAAAUCCUAGAAGCUGUGUUUUUCAGCUUUGUGAAUCUCACAGCUGGACAGAUGUUGGAGUGUGGCCAGAACACCCUGCAGUGUUCUGUACUGAACGUAGCUCCGGCUGAAAACCUCACUGUGACUUUUUACAAAGGACGGACACAACUGGGACACAUGAAAUCCUCCUUUAACACGAAGGAACCAGUAAAUGACACGUUUACUUUGAGCUACAACACCCGUAUAGAAGACGAUGGAGUCGAGUUCUGGUGUGAAGCCAAACUGGAACUGGGGUCUAAUAAUCCACAGCCCGCUCUAGCGGUGAAAUCUGAAAACCUCACUGCCACAGUUCACUGUAAGCCAGAAGAAAUCCUAGAAGCUGUGUUUUUCGGCUUUGUGAAUCUCACAGCUGGACAGAUGUUGGAGUGUGGCCAGAACACCCUGCAGUGUUCUGUACUGAACGUAGCCCCGGCUGAAAACCUCACUGUGACCUUUUACAAAGGACGGACACAACUGGGACACAUGAAAUCCUCCUUUAACACGAAGGAACCAGUAAAUGACACGUUCACUUUGAGCUACAACACCCGUAUAGAAGAUGAUGGAGUCGAGUUCUGGUGUGAAGCCAAACUGGAACUGGGGUCUAAUCAUCCACAGCCCGCUCUAGCGGUGAAAUCUGAAAACCUCACUGCCACAGUUCACUGUAAGCCAGAAGAAAUCCUAGAAGCUGUGUUUUUCGGCUUUGUGAAUCUCACAGCUGGACAGAUGUUGGAGUGUGGCCAGAACACCCUGCAGUGUUCUGUACUGAACGUAGCCCCGGCUGAAAACCUCACUGUGACCUUUUACAAAGGACGGACACAACUGGGACACAUGAAAUCCUCCUUUAACACGAAGGAACCAGUAAAUGACACGUUUACUUUGAGCUACAACACCCGUAUAGAAGACGAUGGAGUUGAGUUUUGGUGUGAAGCCAAACUGGAACUGGGGUCUAAUCAUCCACAGCCCGCUCUAGUGGUGAAAUCUGAAAACCUCACUGCCACAGUUCACUGUAAGCCAGAAGGUUUGGAGACGACACCUAAACCCACCAGCGAUGCUCCCAGUGUGACAAUCUACAGAUUCAUCCUCUGUUUGACGCUUUUAAACAAUAAGGGAGCAAAUUUACAGCAUUUGGUUGCUCACACUUGGAGAAGAUUUCUGUUCCAAACUGGACCAUCUGAAGUUCUGGGAAAGAUGUUUUCCAAUUUUGUUCUGUUGUUGUUUUCCUUCACAACUUUCCUCUGUUGUGUGAGCAGCUGCGAUCACAACUGUCUAGAUAAACCUGUAUUAACUCCAUCUACACUGGUGGUGAAGUACGGUGAUCCAACCUCUACCACAUGUGUAGCUUGCCAGCAGGCCUGUCUUCCCCUCAGUGAAACUAUUAUUGCUAUGGAAACAUCUGUGGGAAAAACUACAAAAGAUGGAACCACACUGACCUGGACAGUGGACCGUCUCACACAGUGGGAUUUAACUCCAAAGUGCUUUUAUGUUACCGUGGAUAAUCAGUGUUGCACCCAUCUGCCUGUUAUUGUCUACCAACCCCCAGAAAAUGUGUCAAUCAGCUUUAACCACACUGGACCUCUGACUGAGCACACAGAGUACACCCUGCAGUGUUCUGUACUGAACGUAGCUCCUGCUAGAAACCUCGUUGUGUCCUUUUACAGAGGACAGACAAAACUGGGUCAGGAGAAAGCCACCAGUACCUCAAAGUUACCAGUGAAUGAGAGCUUUACUUUGAGUUUCAAGGCCAGUAAAGAAGAUAAUGGAGCCCAGUUCUGGUGUGAAGCAAAGCUGGAACUCGGAGCUGAUGGACCACAGCCCCCUCCGGUGGUGAAGUCAGACAGUCUCACUGCCACAGUUCACUAUGGACCUAAGCUGAAGGUUCCAGCUAAUCCAGCUCCAAUCGACAUCACUGAAGGAGAAACUUUAAACCUGACCUGUUUGGCUGAUGGGAACCCAAACCCUUUGUACAACUGGUCACUGCCGUCCAAGACAGGCCACCACAGUGAACCCAUUCUGACAAUUAAAUCAGUCGAUUCCCAGGAUGCAGGGCAGUAUGUCUGUACUGUCAGAAACAGCGUCAGCACUGCACAAGUUACAUUUAACGUAAAUGUCAAAGUUGACUUCACAAAAUACAUUAUAGUGGCUGUAAUAUUGGCUGUGAUUGUGAUUGCGGCUGUCGCAGCAGUCUUCUACUUCUUUUACUACAAACAGAAUAAAAUGGGAGAGUACCAACUAAAGGACGUUUUCCGUUUGGGCACCAGGCAUCAACUCAUUCCUCAAAGUUCGUAAACAAUAUGCCUGAAUGGACAAUGUGAGGCUGAAGCUUUGAACACGCUUAGCUGUUGUGCCUCUGGUCUGAGGUGGCUGUAGCUGCAGGUUCUUCUAUUACCAAAAAAGGACAUAAAAUGUGUUCUACUUACUGAAUGGACGAAUUCACUUCCUCCAAGGUGGUUUCAGUAUUGUGAGAAAGUGACAAGAACUCUGUAUCUAAAAUCCAGUGGUUGCUUACUUUACACUGAGGCUACAGUGAAAUAUAACUGUUUACUCUUAGUUGUUGUUACUCAGCUGGAUUUCUUAAUGAUUAAGGUAAAGGGAAAAAUGGUGUCAAAACUGUCAAGGCAAUGUGAAAACUAACUGCAAAUGUAUAUUUAUGUAUAUGUUCCCCAUGUGAAUUUGUUCUCGUUAUAGUUUUGUUUUUAUAAAUACAUCGUGAUCAUGA